AGUCGCAAACUGCGACAAGUACCUAAUACUACGCCCAAGUGGGCGUACUCGAGCCAGCCUCGAACAAUGUGUAACGUUGGGGUGCCACAUGCUCAAAUAAGAAUGACACUGGGAUCACAUAUCAUCUGUCGGUGUGUUACUCUUCUUCUAUUCGUGGCUCUCACCAUUUUAUACGCUGCCUACUCCGCCAACAUAGUGGUGCUUCUCCGUGCUCCCAGCUCCUCAGUAAGAUCUCUGCCGGACCUACUAAACUCACCUUUGAAACUUGGUGCAAGCGACUUUGAGUACAACAGGUAUUUCUUCAAGAAACUGAAUGAUCCAAUUAGGAAAUCCAUUUACGACAAGAAAAUCGCCCCCAAAGGAAAGAAGCCGCACUUUUAUACAAUGAAGGAAGGGGUCGAGAAAAUUCGAAAGGGUCUGUUUGCGUUCCACAUGGAACUGAACCCAGGGUAUAGGCUUAUCCAGGAAACCUACCAAGAAGAAGAGAAGUGUGAUCUGGUUGAGAUAGACUACAUCAACGAGAUAGAUCCCUGGGUUCCUGGGCAGAAGCGAUCCCCAUACAAUGACCUGUUCAAAAUUAACUUCAUCAAGAUCCGUGAGAGUGGUGUCCAAUCGUGCGUCCACCAUCGUCUACAUGUACCUAAGCCACACUGCUCCGGGAGUAUCUCUGCGUUCAGCAGCGUGGGCAUCACUGAUAUGUACCCCGCCAUCAUAGCCACCCUCUACGGAAUGCUGCUGGCACCAGCUGUGCUCGUCCUCGAGAUUAUGUAUAAGAAAGUAAUGGAUGGGAGGCGAAAGAAAAAGCUUAUGCGACACAGUAGCCGCUUUUAAAUGAUUUAUAAAAUAUAGACAUACCUAUACUAUAGAAGUAAAAUGGAAAACUUGUUGCAUUCUAUUAUAUUAUUCCUACUGUGGCUUCUGUGGAAUGUAGCUAGCUCUUUACAUUAAAAUAUUACAUAUAUUGCUACUUAUUCAACACGAGAAAGACCAUAAUUAUGACCACACCACUGCCUUAAGACUCCAAUAAAAGAUCCUAAUAGGCGCAUUAAAACCUAGAUGGCAAUAGCCCUCGAUUAAGUGUUUGCCGACAUAAAAAUACAUGGGAAAAAGGAAGUCGGCACAUCACCCGAGAAGAGUAUUAAUAAAUCCAGACCCAGCGUGGGUAAUAACUAAAAGUAAACUAAUA